UUGAUCAUCGUGGUUGAGCCAGAUCUCCAGUGUAGUGUGUUUAUUUCUUUCAUUUCAAAACUUUCAUUCUCCAUAUAUUUUUUUCUUUUUUUUUUCUCAUUCACCCGUGCAGGUCACGGCAUAUUCAUUCUUCGCCAUGUAUUAUCCAUGUCUUGUUGCACUCUUUGGCCUUGCUGCGGGCGUCCACUCCCACGGAGUAAUUCUAGCAGUUGCGGGAGAAAAGGGAUCCCCGGACAGUCAAGGUUUCCUUGUGAACACUACUCUGCCAAGGAACUGUAUCAACAUCAGCCCUUGUCAGCAGGACACUACCAUCCUUCGUGAUGAGGAGAUGAACCAGAAUAUCGUCAACACCUGUGGUCGCACUGAGCUUGCGGGCAAUGUUGAUGUCGGUCAGGAGACUGAGAAGGAACUCGCCGCCAACCGGGUAACAUCAGUCCAGAAGGGCUCAACUCUAGCGGUUACGAUCCAUCAGGUCAAUGCUGAUGGUGCCGGCCCUUAUACCUGCGAUAUGGACCCGACGAGCAACUCUUUCUCUACGAAUGAGUUCAUCAAAUUGCAAGUGUCGAACAAUGUCCCCGGCAAAAACGGUCUCUCUCAAGCCAAGUUCCAGAACUUCACCAUGAAUGUCCAGUUGCCAGACAACCUAAACUGCACUGGAGCUUCUACUGGAAACGUCUGCACCAUCCGCUGCAGAAACAAUGCCCUUGCAGGCCCGUUCGGUGGCUGCUUCGCUGUCAAGCAGUCGGACGGUACUGGUCGUACGAACUCCACUCCUGAGGCGAUUACCACGGCCGCAUCGCUGAGCGAUAUCCAGUCACAGAUUGAUGUCGACCAGCAAGACAUUGGCGCUGCCCUUGAAGCUGCCAAGGAAGCCACCGCUGCCGGCCAGGAUCCCAGCCUAGCAGAGAUUUCCGCUCUCGCAACCAACGUUGCAGCUACUCCUGCAGCUACUCCCGCGGCCAGCAGCUCAGCUUCCAAGAAGCACAAGGGCAAUAAUGGCAACAAGAAUAACAACAAGGCCAACAAGGGCAACAACCAAGAUAACCAGAACAACCAAAGAAACCAGCGCGGACGAGUCCGCCGCAUUCGCUCCCCCGGCUUCUAUUCGUGAAGUCCCACAUUAUUCUCUCCUGAUUUCAACAGUCAACCGUAGCUUUACAGAAGAGAAUAGAUAGAUGGAGGAUGAACGAAUGGGUGGAUAGUCUAGCACUUGAUUUUGUUUUGUAUUCUGGUUAUAUAGGUAGUUUUCUAA